AUGGGAACUAUAUUAAUAUUUGUGGACAAAGUCUAUAUCGGUCUUUUCAAGCGCCAAACUCUGGAACUGGCCAUUCCGGGCGGUCAGGCAAAAAGAACUCUGAGUUUGUUGGUGGAAAACUGUGGCCGUGUGCAUCAGGGAAGAGACCUGGAUAAAGAACAUAAAGGUCUGGUGGGGGACAUUUUAUUAAACCAUAUUCCCCUGAGGGACUUCAUAAUAUACAGCCUGGAUAUGAAUCCCAGUUUUAUUGACAGUCUCUAUCAGGCACCUUGGAAAACUCUUUCCAAAAACCCCAGCUUUCCAGGGUUCUUCAUGGGGAAGCUUUUUGUUUAUGGAUAUCCAGGCGACACAUUUGUGAAAUUACAGGGCUGGGAAAAGGGUGUGGUCUUCAUCAAUGGCCUGAAUCUUGGUCGCUAUUGGUCUAUUGGUCCUCAGCAGUCUCUUUAUCUCCCAGGGCCCUUUCUCAACAGUGGAAUCAACCAGGUGAUAGUAUUUGAAGAGCAGGAAAGUGACUACAAGGUGCAGUUUGAAGACACAGCUGAUUUGGGCAUGGCAGCAGACAUCCAGUGA